UGCCGGGAAGGAGGCGGGGUCAAUGUAGUCCCUCCGUGGAGGACCGACGUCAGUCAGGCAGAGCUCUGCGAGGGAAAGAUGGCGGAGGCUGCGGCGGUUCCCCCGCAUCGCUUUUUCUGUCACUGUUGUAAGGGAGAGGUCAACCCCAAACUCCCGGAAUAUGUGUGCCCUCACUGUGACUCGGGCUUCAUAGAAGAAGUGACAGAAGAUUCCAGCAGUCUCUUGGAGGGCGGAACCAACGGGCUCGACGACACAACCAGCGAGUUUGCAGAGCUCUGGCACCUGCUGCUGAUGGAGCGACCUUUUUCAGCAGACAACGACAACCCCGACUCGGAGCCUCGGCUCCCCGGGGGGCGCUUGAGCGCCUUUGGCGACUUAGGAGGGUUUGGAGGCGGACCCAUCCGAGGCUCGGUACCCGCCGGCCUGGGGGGAUCCAUAGUGGGCUCGCUGGGCACCGGGGACCACUGGGGGCCGGCGCGUCCCCCCCGCCACCACAGCCAGAGGAUAUACAGAUCCAGAGUCAGCACUCGACCCGACCGCUCGCCUGCUGUGGAAGGGAUUGUACAACAGUUCCUCGCCGGUCUCUUUGCCAACUCCGGGGUCCCUGGUUUGCCGCCCCUGUCAUGGACAGGGAUGCUGCAUUCUAACCCUGGAGACUACGCCUGGGGACAUGGAGGACUAGACGCUGUCAUAACACAAUUACUAGGUCAGCUGGACAACACCGGACCUCCUCCAGCGGAGAAAGAGAGGAUCUCGUCCCUGCCUUUUGUCAAUAUUUCUCAGGAGCAAGCAGACUGUUGUAUGGAAUGUCCUGUGUGCAAAGAGGACUUUGAGGCGGGUGAAGCGGUGCGCCAGCUGCCCUGCAACCACUUCUUCCACUCAGACUGUAUAGUACCGUGGCUGGAGAUGCACGACACGUGUCCCGUGUGUAGGAAGAGUUUAAACGGAGAAGACAGCAGCAGCCAGCCCCCGUCACAGCCCCCCUCCCUCUCCAUGGACCCCCGCACACAGGAGAGAUGGUCCUUCUGAGACGCUUCUCGCCUACCUCGGCAUCAUGUUUGAUCCCAUUGCUCUUUAUUUUCUGUUUUAAGGUCUCCUUUCCAUACACGCGCUUCUUAAACCCUCACUUUUGAGGUCAGCUGCUGUCCUUUUUGAUCAAUCAAUGAAUGAACAAGGAUCGUCCCUUUAGACCUCAUCGCCGUUAAUGAGUAUGGAGUUACACACACACACACACACACACACACACACACACACACACACACGUCAUUACUGUUGCCAUUCUAACUUUUCCUAAAGGGAAACCAUCACAUUGCUCAAAUUCAAGUCUUCGAAGCCUCCCCCCUGGUGUAUAUAUUCUAAUUCUGUCAUUUAAUCCAUCUGUUUAUGACGUUCAUAUUUUUAUCAUCAUUUUUUUUUUUUUGUAAUUGUAAAUAAUUGUAGUCCAAAAAAAAAAAAAAAGGGUUGCAAAGAAAAAAACAUCAUUGGAGGCGCAAAUGUGAAAUGUGUUUAACAAGUUGUAUAUUAUAUAAAUGAAAAUAAAUAUGUCUAUGAUGUAUUAAUAAAGUGACCAAAAAACAUG